AUGCUGCAAGUUUGGAGUUCGAGCUCACCACAUGAGCAAGAGGACUACUUGGAUUGUUUGUUGGCUCAAAUAAAAUCCUUGCAAAGUGUAGGUUGGAAGGAGAAACAGAUUGCGAGGCAUUAUGUGGCAUUCGAUGCUGCACUUCAAGAUGCUCUGCAACAUAAUUUGCCCAGUUUUUCGCCACCUAUCCACAAAGAGGAAUCAAAUUACCCCUUGCCCAUUGUUGUGUUCAGACUUUUUGAUUAUGCUGAUUGUCCGGAAGACGGUACAGUACUUCCGGGAGCUCAUUCGAUAGAGCGAUUUUUGAUAGAAGAAGAACUGAAUUGGAUAAUCGAAUUCAAUGCUAGCGAUAGAAAAAUAUGUGCACAGGAAUUGACCAAUUAUGCUCGUGGUGCUAACGUUCCUAUCGCUUACAUGAUUUUGGAGGUAUUAUUUUCGCAGCUGUUCCGUCUUCCUCUUCCGCCUCAGCCGACUGGUUUUUAUGGUAAACGCCCUGCUGAACUUCUGUAUCAACGUGCUGGUACAAUGCAACCCUUGUGCCUGGACAGACUUGUGGACUGGUUCAGCUUCCAUUUAUCCAAUUUUGGUUUCCGUUGGUCAUGGAAUGACUGGAAGGAUUGCCUCGUUGCCGAUAGAUGGGAUGCGAAGAAAAUAUUCGCUCGUGAAGUGAUAGAGAGGUGCCGUCGGCUGUCUUAUUACGGACAGUUGAAAGAGUUCCUUCCUACGUCGUUUGCUGCCAUGAUUCCCUCCUCCUCCAGAUGUUGUGUGCAAAUUCGACGAUGGUAUGUAACCUUUUCGUAG